AUGACAAUAACCAGGAACAAGUGUGCAGCAUGCUACAGACAAUUCAAAAAGAAAGAACACCUUGUUGAUCACAUGAAGAUCUCAUUUCACUCUGCUCAUGAACCCAUAUGUGGUGUUUGUGGUAAACACUGCCGUUCUUUUGAGUCCCUCAGGGAGCAUCUUAUCGGACCCUUGCCAAAGGUAGAAUGUGCUAGGGUAUUCAGUGCCCGAGGAUGCAACCUUUGUUUAACUAUUCUUAAUGGACCUAAUGCUGUUCGCAGUCAUCGCCAAACAUGCCAGUUCUCCAGGAAAAACCUUGGUUCACCCGACGAUAUCCUCUCCCGAAUGUCCAAUAUGGGUAUAAACAGUGAUGGAAGAACGAGAGCACCUCAAGCAUUUGCACUAGGUUGCAAAAUGGUUGGCGGAGGAAGUGAUGGAUCACUCAAUCUUUGUGCAAGAGUGUGCCUUAUCGAUGAGGAUAAAAGAGUCGUACUUCAGGCUUAUGUUAAGCCACUCAUUCCGGUCACUAACUAUCGGUAUGAAACUACUGGUGUACGGCCUGAAUACUUAAGGGAUUCAAACGCAAUGCAACUGAGGGACGUGCAAAAAAUCAUUCAAGAUUUCUUGUGUAACGGUGAGCCUUUAUGGAAGAUACGUUCAUCAAAAGGUACCGGAAAAGCAAGGAUACUUGUAGGUCAUGGUCUGGGUCAUGACCUUGAGUGUUUAGGAAUGGAAUAUCCCUCAAACCUGAUCAGGGAUACAGCAAAAUACCCACCACUAAUGAAAACCAGUAAGCUUAGCAACACACUUAAGUACCUAACACAAGCGUAUCUUGGGUAUGAUAUUCAAACUGGGAUACAAGACCCUUUUGAGGAUUGCGUAGCAACAAUGAGACUCUACAAGAGAAUGCGUAGUCUAAAUCACAAAGUAGAGGACGUUUCAGCUGGUGCAGAUGCACGCAACAAUAAUUUUGCAAGUUGGAGGCAGAGUGAACUCGAUAGAAUGACACCGGAUCAGCUCUUGGCCAUUUCAAGGUCUGAUUACUACUGUUGGUGUUUGGAUUCCAAGUAAACACUGGAAUAUUAUCCAAGACAUUUCAGCCAACUUGUUACCAGAACUAUACAACGUAUACCAAUCAACUGAAUAUUAAUUAAUAACCUAAUUUGUAUUAGAGCUCUUAGCUUAUUUAAUCUUAUUACAUGAAUAAGAUAUUAGAGUCAA